UGUACCUGCCUUCCCGUAGCAGCAUGGGCAGCCCCCGCGCCGACCCCCCAGAAACCCCAAACGACGUCGUCUGCCUUUAAAAAACACAUCAUGUUAUAUUCAUGCUGUGUUUGAAAUAACAAUUUGUCAAUAUUCUCCGAUUUUUGUCUCACAGCUCUGUACACCGGAAGCUGGGAGGGAGGGAGGUGGAAUGCAGGCUCGGCUUCACUCACGUAUUCAUCUCCCAGCGACCGCAUCCUCUCCACUUGUGUCCGCCGGGAUGCUGAAACACCUCGGGAUUUUUUCUGCGCCGAGCUGGCGUUAGCGAGGGACCACACGCCCCGUCAUUACCGUCAAUAGCUGAUUAGCGUCAUCAUGUCCCCUCCGGCGUCGGCUGCCAUUGAAAGCAGCGCCACGACUGUGUUUGAAGAGGACGCCAGAGAGGAGGUAUCCUUUAAUUUUAAAACAUGCAUGCUGCAGUGUAUUGGCGCACAAUAUGGACUAGUAAUGAUACAGGGAGACUUUUCCCUCCUUUAACAGACCAAUAACAUGUCUACAGCAAAAACCCCAUAAGCAAUCGCUGAGCAAGUCGUUGUGUCGGGAGAGUUUCUGGAAAUGUCUUCUCCUGUCUAUUCUCAUGUACGGCUGCAUGGGGGCGAUGGUUUGGUGUCACGUCACAGAGGUGACCCGCCUCACAUUUGACAGCGCAUUCAAAGGGAAAUCCAUGAUGUACCAUGACAGCCCCUGCUCUGAUGGCUACAUAUACAUCCCUCUGGCUCUGCUGGGCAUGCUCUACCUGGUCUACCUGGUGGAGUGCUGGCACUGUCACGCCAAGAACGAGUUGCAACACAAAGUAGACGUGGAGGGCAUAUAUGAGCGAAUCCAGAGAAUGCAGCAAGCUAAGCCGUGCAUCUGGUGGAAGGCCAUCAGCUACCACUACGUGCGUCGCACACGGCAAGUCACACGCUAUCGCAAUGGGGAUGCAUACACUAGCACCCAGGUUUACCACGAGCGAGUCAACACUCAUGUGGCCGAAGCUGAAUUUGACUAUGGUCACUGCGGCGUGAAAGAUGUCUCCAAACAACUCCUCAAUUUAGAAAGGUCCGCCCUCACAAAGAUGCGCUUCACCAAGUGUUUUAGCUUUGCCAACGUUGAGUCUGAGAAUUCUUACCUUACACAACGUGCCAGGUUUUUCACCGACAACGAGGGCCUUGAUGACUACAUGGAGGCCAGGGAGGGCAUGCACCUGAAAAACAUUGAGUUGAAGGAAUACAUCAUGGCUCUGUCUGACCCAGAACAACACCCCUGGUAUCUGUCCCAAUACGUUUUUUGGUUUGCCUCGUUCCUCACCUUCUCAUGGCCUCUACGGGUCUUCACGGAGUAUCGCACCGCAUAUGUCCACUAUCGUGUUGAAAAACUCUUUGGACAUGAUUACAUCCCAGUGACACCAUGUGAUGAUCGCCCGUAUUGGAGACGCAUCCCUCGUGUAAACACCAUUGACAGCACAGAGUUGGAGUGGCACAUUAGGUCCAAUCAGCAAUUGGUGCCCAGUUACUCAGAGGCAGGCCUCAUGGACCUAGCCCAAUGCCCCUCCAACUUCAGCGGCAUUCGGCAGAACUGUGAGCAAUGCCACAGAGCCAUCAGUUGCUCUUCAGUGUUCUCCAGAAGCGCCCUCAGCGUCUGUACAGGAGCCAGCUCCCGAAUCCCCUUCAGUGGCAGCAGAUUCUCCCUGGCUCGGCGCUAUGGAUCACAACGGAGCUGCUUUUGGAGAAGCGGCAGUUUGGACGACCAGGAGAGUCCCAGUGAAAACACCCGCUGUCUUUCAGAGCGCCUCACCACAGACGAUGAAGAACCUCCAGACUAUGACAACGCACUCUGCUACCCGGUGCUCAUCGUCCACUGCAGUGAGAAUUGCCACAAUCACAGGUCUUUCCACAGAAACGGCUCCUGUGUGGAGACUUCUCUAUGACUGUGCUGAAAGAACACACGAGCAUACAGUUCCGGUCAGAAGUUUACAUACACUCAUCAUGAGAAUGAAUGCCAUAUAAAUUUAGGGCCCCUGAUGAUUUAUUUUAACUGUUCUUUCUUGAGAGAGGAAUGAUUACAAAAUUUAUUUUGUGGGUUUUAAAAAAAACAAGAGUCGGGUGCACAGGAAUUUGGGAAAUAGCUUUAUAUGGACUUUUGACCACACUUCUUGGGAGAGCUGGUAGAGUUAAUUCAAGCUUAUUGGUUUCCUGACACAAACCCAGCUACACAUCUAUGGAUGUUUUCAUUCAUCCAGGUUAUUGUAUUCGCAGGGCUUUCAAUCUAUCGCAACUGGACUGUUCAGUUUGUCUUAGAAUACUUUUUACCUCUCAUCCAAGCAGGCUUAAUCAGUUCAUGCUCAUAGACUUAGAUUGGUAAGAUCUAGUCAAUGACCAUGAACAUUCUUCUAGAUUAGAAUGUGUCUUCAACGGUGGUUUGAUUGAUUGAAAGCCCAGAAUAUAGUCCAUACACAUCCACUAUUCCAAAACCAUAGCCUGCUUCAUCCAUUACAAAACCAGCUUAGAUGUUUGUUGUUCUGUUGGAGCCAAAUGGUUUCUAAGUUUAAACCCUCUAGCUGUUAAUUUAAGGUACAUAUGAACUAUUUGGUAGUUCCUCAUGAUUUCCUCCAUUUUGUGCAGCACACCAGAACUGCUGAAAGUUAAACAAUCUCACAGACACUUGAUACUCAACGUUCUUAGGUUUGAAAGCUUCCUCUUGACUCCUCCAAACAUACAGAGUAGCCUUCUCUGGUAGCCAUAAAACAUUCCUCUUAAAGGCACUGGCUUUUGCGUGUGGUGCAGCUGCAAACUGGAGAACAAGCUUCUUUUUGGUUGGCACUGUCUCAGUACAUGUUGAUAUACUGUAAAUCUGUAUUUUCUGUGAACCACACUGGCGUUCCAGAUUCCAGGUCAAGGCAGGUUUCAGUGUUAGUGGUUCCUGAACAUCAUAACCAAUUUCCUUUCAUCUGAAAGUGACAGUAUCAGUCUUCUUCCAGACCUUGGGAAAGUGGUGACACAUCCAUGUGUACAAAGUACAAUUGUUUUUAGUGUUAUUAUUAUAAUCUGCAGUUGAUCCAUAAGACUUUACCCACAACCUACAACGAUCCUUCACUGAGAUCUUGUACUUUCCCAUAGUUUUGUAUUGGUCGAUCCAAUGAGAGCGGUACUUUUAUAGGUACCGAACGAAGUCCAUUGGUACUACCGGGUAUUAAUUGAGGUAUAAGCUUUUCUAUACCAAUAAAGCAAGAAGAAGGCACUCAAAAGUACUGUAAAGUUCCACUUUUCAAAAUGUGCUAGCUCCUUGCUAAUUUACAUUGGCUUUUUCAUAGUCAUGCUACCGAUUAGCAUUAGUGAUGUUACAUGGUGAUUUCAAAACCUCCAAACUGGCAAUCGGAACUACAACUGAGAAGCACGUUACAAUCAAACAGCAGGUGUGUAUUAAGUACAAUACUUACAGUUCAAACACUUUGUAGAACUCAACAAAGGAAUAAACUGACUCAUUCAACUUCAUGGCAAAGACUAUUUCCUGACAAAAGGCACAGUAUAUACACUACUGCCUUCUAACAUAGAGGACUUGCAACUGCAUGUAAUGUCUAUUAUAUAAUGUGUGCAAAUGAGACUUAGAAGUGUAAAAAAACAAGAUAACAACCGGACCCAAUUCUUGUUUACAAACGUCAUUGAAGAUCUAUGUUGUGCAAUUAAAUAACAAUUAUAGGAAACUAUUAAGGGCCCAGAAUUAACAUGGCAUUAUUAUGACGAAUGUAUGUGAAUGUAUGGCAGGAAGUGGCUCAGUAGCAUGAUACACUUUGUGUUGUCAUUUCUCACACAAAUGCCUGAAUCCUGAAUGUGUGAAAGACCAAAGCAAUAAGUGCAACCUCCUACUGGAUGAAGACUGUUAACACUGCAUAUCAUUGCCAAAGCUUUUCAAAUCUUUACAUCUAAAAGUGGCGCUGCAGUUACCUCACAGGAGCAUUACUGGCAUGAUAAGCAGAUAUAAGUAUCUAAUUGCAAAAGAAGCAUCAGAAGGCUCAAGUUAGGUAAUUUUCAACGACAGCAAUAACCACAAAAACACCAAAUAUGACCAUAUCACAUGACAUAGUAGAAUCUAUGCCACACGAAAAACACAAAAUACUCCUUUAUGUCAAUUUAUAAUGUGUAAUUUUUUUAUGUUGGGAUGAAGAGUGAUGAUUUAAGUUAACUCAGGUUGCCUUAUUUUAUUUUAUUUUUUACACCUUUUUACGCUGUUCAGAAUGUAUAAUGCCUUUAGGUUGAACUACACUGCACCAUAUUUUGAGGUUCAUUUUCUUAUGAUUUAUGAAUUUUGCAUAUUUCAGCAAAUUGUUUUGUAACUCACAUAAUUGCUCACAGGAUUUUGAAAGAAUUUAGAUCAGGGGUGUCAAACUCGUUUUCAUUGACUGCUACAUCGCAGUCCCUUCAGAGAGCCGCCGCUUGUAACAGUGAACAUAUUAAUACGUAUGUACUGUAUAAAGAUUCUCCUCAUGAUAGUGUUACACAAUUGCCUAUGCAUUUGAUUAUUAAUGUGUGUAUAUAUAUAUAUAUAUAUAUAUAUAUAUAUAUAUAUAUAUAUAUAUAUAUAUAUAGCACAGGCCAAAAGUUUGGACACACCUCAUUCAAUGGGUUUUAUUUAUUUUCAUGACUAUUUACAUUGUAGAUUAUCACUGAAGGCAUCAAAACUAAGAAUGAACACAUGUGGAGUUAUGUACUUAACAAAAAAAGGUGAAAUAACUAUUUCUUCAAAAUAGCCACCCUUUGCUCUGAUUACUGUUUUGCACACACUCUUGGCAUUUUCUCGAUGAGCUUCCAGAGAUAGUCACCUGAAAUCGUCAUAGGUUUGAUACCUUCAGGGACAAUCUACAAUGUAUGUGUAUGGGUGUGUGUGUGUGUGUGUGUAUAUAUAUAUAUAUAUAUAUAUAUAUAUAUAUAUAUAUAUAUAUAUAUAUAUAUUAUUAUUUUUAUUUUCACUCUAAAAACAAUCUACAGUAGGUGUCAUGGUUAAAAAAAUGUGUUACAGUAUAUCAUCAUAUAUUCCAAACAUGUUUUUGUCAAAAUGCAGAUAAAUACUUGAAUAUCUGCUUGACUUAUGAUUUCUAAGUUAUCUAUUAAAUUGUACACUGUCAAAGUGACAGUAGAUUUUAUGGCGAAAAACUGCUAGCUCAGUUGACAUAAUUUUUACGUAAAAAAAAAGGGCCACCAUUUUUUGCAGUUUGCAGUAAUACACUGUAAAAACAACAACCGUAGAUUUUUGGGUUAAAAAAAAUUGGCCGCUCAGUCGCCAGAAGUCUACUGGAAAAUGUGUGUGUGUGUGUUUUUUUAUUUUUUUUUACAGCAUAUUACUGUAAAUAAAACUGUAACACUGUUUUUUAUAUAGUAAAACAUUUUUUUUUACUAAAAUCUACGGUUGUCGUAACUAAAAUCUACGGUUGUCGUUAGUACAGUGCAUACAGUAACUGUAAAUGGGAAAGUGGUUGCACUUUUAUAAACUGUAAAAUCUGGUGACUAAACUGAGUUUUUUUUGCCACUGUAAUUUUUACAGUGUACAAUUUGCUGUGAAAUAACACGUCAAGCAGAUAUUUGAAUAUGUAUUAUUAUCCAUCCAUCCAUUUUCUACCGCUUAUUCCCUUUCGGGGUCGCGGGGGGCGCUGGCGCCUAUCUCAGCUACAAUGUAUUAUUAUUUUGACAAAAAAAAUAUUGAAAUAUUGGAUAAUAAUUGUGGCUGUCAAAAAUAAGUUAAUUUGUGUGGUUAAUUAAAAAAAAUAUUGCAUUAAUCAUGUAAAUACACAGAUUAAUCAAUCAAUUUAUUCUGACCACACAUGCUUCCUUACCUUAACAGAAGAUGGUUGCCUGAGGUGGUUGUUACACGGUCAGUGAUCAUGUCAAUAUUUACAGCAAUGCAAAGACAAGUGAGGAGAGAAUUCACCUCAAAAUACACCCAGAUGGGAAACUGUUACCAAGUUCUAAACAAAUACAUGUAUUGCAUUCAAGGAACACAUUUAAAACAUGUAUGUAUGACAUUCUGACAGAAAAAUUUCAUUUGUGUCCAAAUAUUGGGCUCUUUUUUUAAGUUAAUUUAUAUUAUGCACGUGAGUAAUAACCUGUGAUUAAUAAUGAUUAAUCCAAAUCCAAAAGUGUGAUUAAUCUGGUUAAAUAAAGGCAAUAUUCAAGUUAAAAAAAUAUACAAUUGCAUGCAGUAGAUGUAAUACAAAUCUAAAAAAGAAAUACACUUUGUAAGCAAGUUAAAACACUAUAUAGACAUUUUAUUUCCAGGUAUAUGAAAUUACGGGACAGGCCAGUAUUGGCCCCAGGCCUUCAGUUUGACACCAGCGCUCUAGAUGAUUCUCAUUUGCUAAUUUGGAGUAAAAUUACAUCAUUGAGUUUAAGGUGUAGCCUAAUGUUUGUUGGUUCAAACCUAUCCCUUCUACUGUACUGUCAUGUGCAGUAAAAUAAAUAUUGUGGUUACAGGUUUACAUUUGAAUUUACUAUACCAUUAGGGAUCAGUACUGUGAUUAUUACAUCUGUCAAACAACCUAACUCAAGUGUGUAAUUAUCUGCAAAAAAAAAAAAAUCCAUGCCUACAAUUGCAUGAUUACUUCUUAACACAAUGUGUUGGAAAGCAUAAAACCUCAAUAUGAACCACCAGCAUAAUGUCAUAUAUAUAAGUAUGUAGCAUAUUUAGUAAUAUAUUUGCCCUUCCAAAUACAGUUUACAUUCAAUUGAUGCAAACAUGCACUUAUGUUUACGCAAUUAUUACUUCAUAUACAUUUUUGUAAUACUGAUUUUUUUUAUGACAUCUCACAGGUGGAAAUAGUAUGUAUUCCAGCAAAUAAUAUCUGUAUCGUUUUAAAUAAUAUAGUGCAAGCAGUAUUAUGCAUUUGAAGUGACAUUGGAUUUUAAGAAAUGUACUAAUGAAUGUUGAUGUAAAUUAAUUAAAAGUUAUACAUGAUUCAA